AUGGGCAAGCCCGCAGAGCCCGCCGCAAUUUACGCGACCAAACCCGUGACGGGUACUCGAGGCAAGUCCGUCCGUGAUGAGAAGAGUACAACUGACCAGGUCGAAAGGCCGAGGAGACAAGUGAACAGUUGUGGUUCGAUCUGUGGCAAAAGCCGGGAGACGGUCGAAAGGCAAGAGGCCCGCGCCUUUUCACAAGCGAGAUUGAUAAAAGCGCAUCAUUCCUGGGCCUGGGAACCCGGCGCGGCGACGCCUGCGUAA